AUGCCCGUACAAGAGUGGACCCCAGCACCGAAUACGGACACGGCAAUGUCGCUGCCUCGAUACUAUUACUACACUACAGUAUCCCCCGGCUUGGUGACGUCAUCAACUACAGUAUCCCCUAGACCGAUGACGUCAUCAGUGCCUCUUUUCAGUGCUGCCGCUGCCGCUGCUAAUGUAGCGAACGCUACCGCGUCCAAAAGUAGUUCCACUCACAAACGAAAGGGAGCAAAUGACGUGUUUCUGCAGUGUUGCAGAGCGCAUCGAGUGGAUCAUGCUUGCGAGUCGAGAUGUAAUUUCGAUGUAAUGACAAAGAAAGUGGUCAGUUCCCUAUUAUCACUGCAAUCAANGCGGAAUAUCCCCGAUUACAGAUGCUCUGACUUCAAAUAUUCGUUGAUUUGGGAAUACGUUUGCGAGCUUGCCGUCGACAUAGCUUUAUUCAACCACAUUAAUAAAGGAGGAUUAUUCCCGAGGGGUCGGAAGGGGAGCCAAGGGGGUAAUUUGCCCCCCCCCCCCUAA